AUGAAGCUAUCUUUGGCUUUGGUUGCAUUCUUCCUCCCCCUCAUCAGGGCUCAGGUGCCCCACUGGGGACCAUGUCCAGAGCCAGCUGUUCAACCUGCUUUCACCCUUAAACAGUUUAUGGGGAGGUGGUUUGAAAUCGCCAAACUCCCGGCAGAGUUUGAGAAGGGACGUUGCAUUGAGACCAAUUUCACUUUGAAGGCAGACAACUCCAUUCGAGUGGUUAGCUCUGAAAUAUUAAAAGGAGAGCUGAGAAAAAUCGAGGGGAUCGGAGUCAUAGAGGAUCUGAAGAAUCCUGCCAAGCUGGGAAUAAGUUAUUCUUACGUCCUGCCCUAUUCCCCUUACUGGAUCUUGGCCACUGACUAUGUGAACUCAGCCUUGGUGUACUCCUGCACGGACGUCCUGAGGCUCUUCCAUGUUGACUUUGCCUGGAUCCUGAGCCGAACACGGACCCUGCCAGAGGCCGCCAUUGACAAAGCCAGGGAGGUCUUCGCAAACAACAACAUUGAUGUGACCAGGAUGAUUGCCAGCAGGCAGCAAGGCUGUGAAAAAACUCUGUAA